AUGAAAGCCGCCAAAAACGCCUACUUCAAUGCAAUAAAACAAGCAAAGCAAGAGCACUGGAACUCAUUUGUUUCCAAUGCCAGCUCCCAGGACCUCUGGAGACUGAAGAAAAUGGCAUCAAAGAUGGAAGACCAUGUCCCCUCACUUCCAAACUCACCCACACCCACCCUCCUCAAUAAGAACCUAAUCAACGCCUUCUACCCACCUAGAACGGAAGCACCAUCACCACCCCCCAUCAACUACCAAGACGUGACACCCAUAACCCCUGAGAAAGUCCAAAACGUCUUGAAAACAACCUCCAAUCUCUCAGCACCAGGCCCAGAUACAAUCCCAUACAGUGUCUGGAAGAGAAUCCAUAAGGCAAACCCCCUCAUCAUAACCUCCCUCCUCAACCCACUCCUCGCGCACGGAUACCACCCCCUCUCCCUCAAAAGAGCCAACGGCGUUAUACUUGCAAAGCCAGGAAAGACCGACUACUCCUCCCCCACGGCAUACAGAAUCAUCGUCCUCCUACAAACCUUCUCCAAAAUUCUGGAAAAGAUCGUCACACUCCGCCUUGCAAAGAUCGCAACCACCACAGGCCUUAUCCACCCCCACCAAUGCGGUUCUAUCGCCGGCCUCUCUACAGCCGACGCCGUUACUACGCUAAUACAUGAGACGAAAGCAAUGCAGCUAGCCAAGCUGAAAGUCUCCACCCUCUUCCUUGAUAUCAUAGGGAGUUUCGACCAUGUUCUUAAACAAACCCUCGCCCGCCUCCUCGCCGCCAAAUCUGUCCCCCCAUACAUAAUCAACUGGACCCUAUCCUUCCUCUCCGAUAGGCACAUCACCCUCCUAUUUAAAGGCUCCCCGAAGAUCCCCACUACAGUUCAAGUAGGGGUCCCCCAAGGUUCUCCCAUCUCCCCCCUUCUCUUCGUCAUCUAUGUCAAUUUCCUCUACAACUACGACCCAUCACCCGGUCUCACCCUCUCAUGCGUGGACGACUUCUCCAUCACAGUCGGCUCAACAUCAUACCAGCAAAACAUUACCAUCCUUCAGAAUCACUACCAAAAGCUAACAGCCCUGGUCACGCCUCAAAAUGUUUCCUUCUCGGUAGCACAAAGAGAACUAAUGCACUGGCGAACACCAAGAGACAAAUCCCCGACAUGCCACACCCCAAUCCUCCUAGACGGACAAGAAUUCCAACCCGGGCACCAAGUCAGAUGGGUGGGCUUCUGGCUCUCCCCCUCCUUUAACCCCAACAUCUACUUCCUAAGAAGACUAGCCUCAGCAAGGUCGGCCUUCGGCCUUAUCCAACGCUUCUCAUCCGCAGGCAAAGGCGUCUCCUCCCAUAACUGCCAAAAGGCCGCCACCCUAGCGAUAAGACCCAUGCUUACCUAUGGCGCAAACGUCCUCACCCCAACCUCAGCCCUCAAACCAAUGACGACCUUCUGGAACUCCGUACUCCGGUGA